AUGUUACAUACAUCACUUAUUUUUCCCAGACCCACAAAAAUUGAUGAUAUGUAUAAAAAAUACAAGAAACAUGAAAUUUUGUUUGAUUCUGUGGCUGAGCAAUUAAAACUCGAACAACUUACAAAAUCUCAAGAAGAAGAAGAUAGGCUCAAAAAGGAAAGUGAAUUAAAUGACUACCAUAUACAAUCUAAUGAGGAAUCUGAAAUUAGUAUUAAUGAAGAAGAGGAGGAUGAAGAAGAAGAAAAUGUAGAACAUAUAAAGGAGGGAAAAAAUAGGAGGGGGGACGAAAGAACAGGAACAACGAUUGAAGAUAAAGAUAAUAAAGGGGAACUUCCAACCCCACUUAAAAAGGAAGAAAAAGAAAAAAAAAAGAAACAACGGUAG